AUGAGCAUUCAGCGAGCUGGCAGCUUGAACGAGCUGAGGCGCGGCGUGCUCUCCUCGAGGAAGCUGUCCAACAUGUUGGCCGCACCAAAACUGUCUGCAACGACGCGCAUCGUCCUAUCGCUCGUCUCAAUCUGCGGUGUCACCAUCCUGACGAGUUUCUUGGGAGGUGCUCUGACAAUCGCGCUACCUUCCAUGGCGGACACGGUCAAUCUAUCGCAGGAGCUGCUGUCAUGGCCAUUGUCGAUGUUCUCGCUCGUCAGUGGUGCACUCCUGCUCAUCGCUGGUGGAAUGGCCGAUGCGUUCGGAAGGAGACCUGUCUUCCUACUCGGCAUCACUAUCUUUGCCGCCAUGUCGAUCGCCACUUCGUUCCAGAAUACAGGAGGUGGACUCAUUGGCUGCUGUGCCGGUCUGGGCUUGGCUGCAGCAAUGCUCAUCCCUUCCGGCGUCGGUAUUUUGGGCAGCUCGAUCCCUGAAGGACCCAUCAAGAAUCGAAGCUUUGCUGCCAUCGGCGCAGCACAACCGAUUGGCUUCAUCUUUGGUCUCAUUCUCGGAGGCCUUCUCGCUAAUCACUGGCGUAUCAUCUUUUGGAUCCUAGGUGCAUGUGCACUUGGUUUCGGUACAUGCGCCUUCCUAUCAUUGCCAAACGAGGGAGAGGAGCUCAUUCGUACAGCCAACAAUUCCAGAGCUACAUCCGUCGAUGACUUGACAGCUCAUGUAGCGCCAAUCUCGGUCGAGGCGCGAUCCCCGACGGCCAUGGCUCCCAUUCGUGAUUCCAACAAAGCCGCAAGCCGCACCGACCUCACAGCAGCUUCGACAGCCCCUCUUGGUCCUGCAGGCCCCACUAGUACCAGUCGUACGCUUCGGCUCAAAACAUUUGACUGGUUCGGUGCUUUUAUGUCAACAUCAGGACUCGUCAUGCUCACCUUUGCUCUGGCCGAUGCCGAGACAGCUCCACACGGAUGGAAGACGUCGUACGUGCUGGCUCUACUUCCAACGUCUAUUGUGCUGCUAGCUGCGUUCCUCUCUUGGGAGCGUUACUUAGAACGCAGGCAGCAGACGUACGAAAUGGGAGCAUCCAGCGCUAGCACAAGCCAUCCUCGUCGCAACGCAACAUUCUUCACCGCACCACCCACGACCCCCUUGUUACCACCCGCCAUCUGGCGCGCACCGCGAUUCGGCGCGGUGUUGCUGGUCAUCUUCCUUGCUUGGCUCAGCUUCAACGUCAUGUCGUACCUGAGCACACUGGUUCUGCAAGAAGUGCAGCAGAUUUCGCCAACGCGAACUUCCCUUUUCUUCCUGCCAAUGGUGGCAACGGGUUUGUCGCUCAAUGUUUUCGCCGGGUAUGUGGUAGGCAGGAUUUCAGCAGUGUGGCUGAUUGUUGGUGGAGCGGCUGCAGGUGCAGCUGCUUGUGUCAUCAUGUCGACGAGUGUUGAACCGGACACGCCUUACUACAAGGCCAUGCUGUGGAUCAUGAUUCUUCAAGUUGGUCCGGAUGUGUUUUUCCCGGCCGGCUCUCUGUACGCUUCCAAGUCGGUCGGUCGCCAGCAUCAAGCACUGGCAGGCUCACUCUUUAACACCACCAUUCGAUUAGCCACGUCUUUGGGACUCGCAAUUUCGUCUUCCAUCUCGACUUCUGUCACCAAAGCAGCCGUUGCCAAGUCGGCCUCGCACAUCUCUGCACGGUUCAUCCGUCCAUCCGAUCUCGUGCUGCACCGUUCUAUGCUCUUUGCUGGCGCGCAUUUUGUGCCACGAGCCGGUGCUGGCGCAGCGAGCGGUGCAGCUGAAUCAAAACCAAUCGAGGCGCUGUUGCAAGGAUACAGAGCCGCUUCGUGGUUGUGCUUUGCCUGCUCGGUGCUCUCCAUCGUUGUGGCUCUGGCAAAGCUUCGAUCCAUUGGAAUUGUCGGUGGUAUGGAGGGUAAGGUAGAAGAUAGCACUCGACCUAGCUCUCCUAGCGCUGGUGUGUCGCAACCAGACGAGCACGAGCUCGAGAGCGUUGUAGCACCCCGAGACAGCAAGCAGGCAGCCGCCUCGGGCUCAGCAGCUAACAUUAGACGAUAG